AUGGUGGUGGUGUCGGAGGAGGAAGUGGUGGGGUUCAAGGAGGUAGGUGGUGAUGGCGGCAUUGGAGGAGGAGGAGGAGGUGCUGGUGGGAGCACAGGAGGUGGUGCUGAUGGAGGCUUAGGUGGUGUAGGAGGAGGAGCUGAUGAUGGCAUUGGAGGAGGAGCUGAUGAUGGCAUUGGAGGUGGUGCUGAUGGAGGCUUAGGUGGUGUAGGAGGAGGAGCUGAUGGUGGCAUUGGAGGAGGAGCUGAUGGUGGUAUUGGAGGAGGAGCUGAUGGUGGCAUCGGAGGAGGAGCUGAUGGUGGCAUUGGAGGAGGAGCUGGUGGAGACUGUGGAGGAGAAGCUGAAGGUGGUGAUGGUUGGGACUUUGGAGGCAUUGGAGUUGGUAGUGGUCAUGCAGGUAGCGAUGGAGAAAUUGGUGGUGGAUAUUAA